UUGUGUAAACUAAAAUCAAUGACAGAAUUGUAAAAUUCGCUCCAAAAAACUUUUCGUAAAAUAAAAUUUAAAAAAUCUAAUGAAAAUGCCAAGCGGGCAAUAAUCUACGAAAUAAUGUUUCCUUUCAGUCUAGGGAACUUUGUACAAUAUUCAUUAUUGUUUUAUUGCUUAGUUAAGGUUUCUGUGCAUUGAAAAUGUCUGAACAUGAAAAAAAUGUUAAAUCGCAAUUGGACCUGUGUAGAAUGUGUUUGGCUUCGGAUGUGUUGCUUUUCUCUAUCGCUAAUACCCGUAUGCAGGCAGUGUACGAGAAAAUCACAAGGACUCCUCUUGUUAAUGGCAAUAACAGACCUGUAGUAGUCUGUUACAUCUGUCAUGCUCAACUACAGAAAUGCCAGAAACUUAUGCUGUUAGUCAGUCAAUCAGAAAAUUUACUGUUGCACACAAUGGGCCAGUCAAAUGAGGUGACUAUGAAAAAGGAAGAAACAUGUGGUCACAGAGCCAAUAACUUGAGGCCAGCUCUGAAGACAACUCCAGUGAAGUAUUUUGACACAUCAACAUUUAAUAUCCCAAUAUUGGUUAAGGAUGUGUUUGAACAUGAAUAUCUGCCAAAACCUGAAGUUAAAGAAGAGCAAUCACAAUCAUUGGCAGAAUGUAUGAUAUGUUCAGCAGUGGACAUGCGUACAUACAACAUAGCUGGAACCCCUCUCCAAUUAAUAUAUGAAAACAUUACCAAAACCUUUCUUACCUCUACUAAUAAUAGGUCCUUGUCAGCGUGUUACAUUUGCUGUUCUCAGCUCAACAAGUGUCGCAAAUUGAUGAUGAGGUCCAAAAAAACGGAGACUAUAUUAACAGCUCUAAUAGACAAAUAUUCUAAGGUGUCCACAAAAUUGGUGGACCUAAUUGACCUCCCAUCACAUAACCUGGGCUUGCCAUUGACCAUCAGGCCAGCGGAAUGUUGUGAUUCAUCGGAUGGCCAGCAGUUGGUCUUCGUGGAGAAACCGGCUUUGAAGAUUGAAGUUAAAAUUGAGAUAGAACCUGAUGUCUAUGUUGGCUCACCUCAAGCUACAGAAAUGGUCGCCUACGAUGUUGACAAUGCAGACGACGUCAACAAGAUGGCGGAUGCUGUGCAACGCGACUCUUGGGCGGACGUGCAAGAAGACUAUACUCGUGAGAAACUGAAACGGAAACGUCGUAAAUGCAUAAAACAGUCCAAACAGACGAUAGAAAAUGACGCGGACGAGCCAAAAAAGGCGAGGCCGCGUAGAGUCUACAAGAAAAGAAUACGCGCCUACGUUCACGUGUGUCAAAUCUGUCAAAGAGUAUUCAACAGAACCAAUCAUCUGAAGGACCACAUGAAAAUCCACACGGACGACAGACCUUACGAGUGUAGCGUAUGUCACAGGCGUUUCAUACAAAAAAUUAACUUAAAAAACCAUAUUAUGACUCACACAGGUGAGAAACCUUUUGAGUGUGGUAUUUGUUCGAGUGGUUUCAUAGCUAAGUCUGACUUUAAAAGGCAUAUGAAUACGCAUAAUGAGGAGAGGAAUUUUGAGUGUGAUUUGUGUCAUAGGAGGUUUACGCAAAUGCCUUAUUUGAAAGCACAUUUGAGCACGCACACUAGUGAGAAACCGUAUGAAUGUAAUAUCUGUCAAAGGAGGUUCAGUCAGAAACCGUAUUUGAAGAACCAUUUGAAAAGACACGUUCAACGUGAAUGAUAUACAUACAUAUAAUCACGCCUCUUUCCCGGAGGGGUAAGCAGAGAAUACCUCUUACCACUUGCCACGAUCUCUGCACACUUCCUUCGCUUCAUCCACAUUCAUAACUCUCUUCAUGCAAGCUCGGCGGUUUCGGGUACCUACUCUUGACCUGACCCUUUACCAUGAAUGAUAUAUAUUAGCUUAUUUUUUAAGAAACAGAACUAUUUUCAAUCUCAUGUGUUUCAGAUAUUAUUUGACAAGUAAAUGUCUUAAUACCAUUAAAAUUACAGCAAAACCAUAAAUAAGCGUGUUAAGUUUUUGAAGAGUUUAACUAAUGAAUAUCCAUUUUGUACAUAUUUUCACACAAUUUUUUUUUAUUUACGCUCGUUUUGGGAAACUCUUUCUUUUUGAAGUCGGUUAAAAGAAGAAUCAUCAAAAUCUGUAAGAACAUACAUUCAGAGCCCCCUUGUUACAAGUCUGUUAAAAUGUUAUAGUUAAGAGAUUAUAUAUACUGUUUAUGUAUCUUUAAGUUUUAUUAAUUAAUAGUUUAAGUUUGUGUUACAAAUCAUUAUCAGAGUAACAAAUGUUUUA